UUAUCAAGCUGUUUUCUGCCAUGCCUAGCAUAUGGAAAAACACAAAGCAGAGUCAACGACCCCAGCCUGCAAAACUUUAGUUACGUGAACGGCUCUUGUGCAAUUUGGACUUUACUCAGCUUAGGUGCCUCACACUGGAUCAUGCAAACAAUUACCCGAGGCGAGAUGAGGCAGCAACAUGGGAUUGAGGGCUCCUGUUGCGGUGAUUGCUGUGUGUCAUUCUGGUGUGGCUGUUGUGCCCUAGUUCAAGAAGAGAAGGAAAUGGAACUGCGCACGCGACCUUCUCUGGUUGGCUACCAGAAGACCAAUGGUAUGUCUAUGCCAUGA